AUGCCCGGCCCCAACUCGUUCUUCCCGAUCCUCCCCGUCCAGUAUUUCAACCUCGACAAGCUCUUCACCCCGCCACAGUGCCUAUGCAAAUUGUGGCCCCCAUGGCUCUCACCAUACCAGCUCAUCCCAAUGUCGCCGUACCUUGAAAUUCCAGGGAUCGAUAUCGACCUGGCUUUCCUCGACCGGCACGACCUGGAGUUCUCGGUAAGGAGCGCGUGGCUUGGCAUACUGGACAACUAUUAUACCCGGAACCACAGGUAUACCCAUGAUGUCGAGGCACGUAACAAGGAAGGCUAUUCGGACAUCUUGUGCAAAAGGGUUUCUUAUGAAGGCCGAAAUUCCGAAUGGUUUGGAGCAAAGGACCAGCUUCAAAACUACUUCAGGGCCAUAUACGAUAGGUAUAACCCUACCAACCCAGCUGGCGGAGGCCCUAUACCGAGACACAUCUAUGGCGCAAUUGCUAUCGGUCGAUUCGUUCGAUUCUACUGGUACAAUACUCGUACUAGAAGGCUCAACAUGCUCGAGCCCAGGCCAGAAACCACUCGAUGGCAUGUUAUCGACGAAUCCCAUUAUGUUCAUCACGUUUUGGAUUUCAUACGUAACAACCACUAA